GGAGAAUUUGCUGCUGAUUUGUCUCUUGGCAAUAGAAUAUAAGCAGAGCCUCCUGUUGUGUUCAACCACAAUAUUCCCAUCAUGAUCACUUCCAUUUUCAGGCACUUUGUUCUUCUCUUUCUCGUUCACUUAUUUUCUCUUCAAUUUCUUUCCCUCCAAGCAAGUGAUUUUAGUUCUCAUUCAACCAACCUCACGUUAGCUUGCAGGAAGACCGAGAAAAAUGCACUUCUCAAGUUCAAAGAAGGUCUCAAAGAUCCUUCAGGUCGGCUUUCUUCCUGGGUCGGCGAUAACUGCUGUGCAUGGCAUGGUAUAGGUUGCGAUCCGCAAACAGGACAUGUCACAGAGCUUGAUCUGAGGAACCCAUAUGGAAAUCAAUUUCUCACAAGAGAUCCAACAGCUUUUGAAUUAUCAUCCUUGCAAGGUGAGAUAAAUCCUUCAUUGCUAGGCUUGAAAUAUUUAAACUACUUGGACCUGAGUUCGAAUAAUUUCGAACAAACUCCAAUCCCAAACUUUAUUGGUUCAUUCACCCAUUUGCAUUACCUUAAUCUCUCUUAUGCAUCUUUUUCUGGAUUGGUUCCUCCUCAUCUUGGAAAUUUGUCAAACUUGCAAUACCUUGAUCUCUCCACAAACUCUAUUUUAAUGGGAGGGACUUUCCAACAUAUUUGGGUUUCUGAUUUGAAUUGGAUCUCUAGUCUCUCUUUAUUGAAACACCUUAAUCUAGGGGAGAUAGACCUCAGUUCAACAUCAACCAAUUGGUUGCAAAAUUUAAACAUGCUCCCUUCCUUGGUAGAGUUGCAUUUGCCCUACUGCAAUCUCCGAAACCUCCCUCCCUCUCUUUCAGUCCUGAACUUCAGUUCCAUUAUGCUCAUCAAUCUUCACGGUAAUGAUAUCAAUUCAUCAUUACCUAACUGGUUGUUCAAUAUUAGCACCCUUGUUAAGCUUCGUUUGUCAGACAAUGAAAUUAGGGGCUCUUUAACCAAUAUCGAUGCCUGGAAAAAUAAUCCCUGCAACUUGCAAGCUUUAGUUCUCUCUAGAAAUCGAAUUAUGACUGGAGAAAUAGUCAAACUAGUGGAGGGUUUGUCAAAAUACUGCAACAAUAGUUUGGAAGAGUUGGAUUUAUCUUACAACGACUUUGAUGGGCAGAUACCUCCAUCUUUGGGAAAUCUUAAGAACAUGAAGUAUCUUUUCCUUCAUCAGAAUUCCUUUUCAGGAUCCAUUCCAACAAAUUUUAAGUUGGAAUUGUUUUAUUUGGAUCUUUCUGAGAACCACCUCAACGGUAGCAUUCCUUGUUCAAUAAAUAAGUUGGAGAACUUGGAAUUAUUAUCUCUAGAAAAGAAUCAACUUUCUGGAGAGAUCCCUUCAUGGAAGACAUUGAGGCGGUUGGGGUGGUUAGAUCUUUCCAACAACAAUUUAUCUGGCACCAUUCCAACUUCAUUGUGCUCCCAAUCUCAGCCUUUUUAUGUGAAAUUAAAUAACAACAAUCUUCAUGGAAAGCUUUCAUCAUUGCGUAAUUGCACAAGCUUGGUGGAACUGAGUGUUGCAAACAAUCAAUUCUCUGGAAGCAUUCCAAGAUGGAUUGUAGAAACUUUACCUUGGCUACAAAUACUACAGUUGCGAGGAAACAUGUUUAGAGGAAAGAUACCCACAAAUUUUUGUCUUCUUUCUAAACUCCAUGUAUUAGACCUACGGCUAAAUACUUUAUUAGGGUUGAUUCCACCAUGUCUUGGCAAUUUAAGCAGCUUACAUCGCUUGGUGAAUCACUCUUCUGAUCGUUACUGUGAUGGAUACGGUUUCAUUUUGUAUCACUAUUGGGAUGAUCAUGAUAUGGAAUUCUAUGUUAAAGGAAAAUGGCUUGAUUUUACCCACAUUCUUGAUCUUCUGAAUUUAAUAGACUUGUCAAGUAAUAAUCUUGAAGGAGAUAUCCCAGAGGAGAUAAUGAAGCUUUCUGCCUUAGUGUCAGAAUCCAUUCACUCGUAUGUCUCUAGUGCUGAGACGUCACAUGAAGGUUGGGUGAUUCUUAAAAGGCUUUAUGCAAAUAGCUCUCACACAAGAAUAAAUGCAUUGAAAGAGAGGCUACAAAACCUUCGAUGUGAAGGCCGAGCAGUAGCAGAAUAUCUUCGCACCGCAAAAAUUUUGAUUGAUCGGAUUGGAAACGCAGAAAAGGUACCCCUAAGCAACUGUGAUAUUCAAGUUUAUCUUCUUAAUGGUUUGGGACAUGAAUAUAGUGAAUUCAAGGCUUUAAUUCGAGCCCGUGAUGGACCCCCACAGUCAUUCGAAGAUUUACAUGACAGACUUUUAGCUCAUGAAGAGUCCUUACAAAGAGAGGAAGCCCCUGUCAAUGAUAAUAAUACACCCAUUACAGCACAAUUUGCUUCUGUGCAUCCUCGCAUAGUUGGGAACCACAACAGCUAUGGUGGCUUCAGUGACCGAAAUUCAGUAGGUGGUUAUCAGAAUUUUAAAGGACUCCAGGAAUACUCAAAUCGAUCUUAUCAACCCAAUUAUGGCACCAACCAAUAUGUUCCAAUGGGCCGUGGAGGAGGCCGAGGACACCGUGGAGCUCGAGGAGGAAAAAAUAAUCGGAAUUCCUUCAAUAGGGACUGUCAAGAGCUCAAAAAUCACGCCCAUGUUGCCAACUUUGCUACAACUUCCACUUCGAAAAAGGGUGAUUGGUGGAUAGAUUCUGGAGCCUCUGAUCAUGUUACUCUUGACUUGGCAAACUUGGCACUUCACUCAGAAUAUGACGGGCUUGAUGAACUGCUAAUUGGUGAUGGAUCAGCCGGUACCACCGUGUCUCAGGCUCGUCCUCAAGCAGCAACCCCCAGUGUGUCCUCCUCGGAAAUUAAUCAGGUAUGCUCCCUCAACUCUUCCUCCAGUUCUCAUUCGGCCCAUGCCCUUACCUCUUCACCCAUUAUUUUACCGGCCCACCGCUCCACAACCCCACCAGUUCCACAUUGUUCUCCCUUGCGGUCAAGUGCCCAAUCAUCUCCACCCACCAAGCUUGACACAAACUCUGGGUCUCACCAACCUACAUCCACCUUGUCUUCAUCUCCUGCCACAAGCUCACAACUUAUGCCCAGCAAUGCUACCUCGCUUUCUCCCUCUUCCAAUGCCACCACCGACUCAUCUCCAACCCCACAGCCACCACCUGUACCCUCCUGCACCCAUGGCAUGAUCACUAGCCCUGUUAUUAAACCUAUUACUAUCAAAAUUGUGCUUUCUAUGGCACUUAAUCAGAAUUGGCCCAUUCGUCAACUUGAUGUCCACAAUGCUUUUCUCCAUGGGAAGCCCGAAGAAGAACUAUUUAUGGCCCAACCACCUGGCAACCCGAAGUUAGUUGAUUCGUUAAUCAAGUUGAUGGGGAACACCUUUUCUAUUAAAGAUCUUGGUGCUCUUAAUUAUUUCUUGGGUGUUAAUGCCAUUUUCACUCCUGCAGGCCUUUUUCUUUCACAAGCUCAGUACAUUCGUGAUUUAUUGGAUGAAUUUGGUAUGGCUGAGGCUAAACCGGUUUCCUCCCCAAUGGCUACUGCUGCACUUCAGUUGCUGCCAAGCGUAUCUUAUGCCUUUCAUGGACUUUUACUCCGCCGACAACCUCUGUCUCCUCUUCAUGCCUUUUCUGAUUCUGAUUGGGCUGGUGACAAGGAUACCCUUCAGUCUACCACUAGCUUCAUUGUGUUCUUGGGCAGCACUCUAAUUUCUUGGAAGGCUUGUAAACAAAAGGCUGUUGCUCGUAGUUCAACUGAGGCGGAGUAUCGUGCAUUAGCUGCUGCUUCCUCUGAGGUCAUUUGGGUCUGUAAUAUUCUCCGCGAACUGGGUCAUCCUAUCUCUUCUUCGCCUGCCAUAUACUGUGAUCAUAUUGGUGCCACUCAUCUUAGCAGCAAUCUCGUAAUGCAUACUCGCAUGAAGCACAUUGCCAUUGAUCUUCAUUUUGUGCGUGCAUUAGUGGAUUGAAAGCUGUUGCGGGUCAAAGAUGGCUCAUCAGUUCUUCGAAGAUGCUAUUUGUAGUGUAGUCUAGUUUCUACUUUGUGGGGUUUGAAUCAUGAAGACAAAUCACUUGGUGGAUGUUUAGUUUUUGUUGCCAAUAAAAAUAACUGGUUAAUACCAACAGCCUCUAUUUUUUUUGUUACUUUUGUUGUCAAGGAGUACUGUCAGCUGUAUUUUGCUUUAGAGAAUUAAAGAAACCAUUGAAAUUAAU